AUGGACUUCUUCCACUUCUCGCCUGCUUUCCUCAACUUCCAAGUCAUCCAUCCAUCCAGCCCCUUUCUGUGUGAUCAAUUGACCUUUAUACCUGUAGAGAACAGCUCCGAAAACAUGCCCGAACCCUUCGCCACCUUCCGGAAACGCCGCAGCGAUGAAUUGGCCCGUCUCGCUGACGAGCGCAUGCAGCACGACUUACGACAGGAAGAUCGCGACACUCUCAAAUCCGCUGCGUCGAAAGUGUCGCUUUGGACAGGCAUUGGCUCCGUGAUUGGAAUUGGCCUGGGUCUGUACGUCGCCUUUCGGCUGCGAAGCUCGCGCAAGGCUUUCUUCGACGCUUUCCGCGCGCAGGAGAGACCUACGCAAUUGGUCUUCGCUGAUGGUCGAACGGAGUCGAUUCCGGAUAUCACACCUCUACUAAAGCCGACGACCCUGGGAGAUUUCGCAACGUAUUUCUUUGCUUCUGCGGGUGGGCUAUUUUUGGGUGGAGAGCUAGGGUUCAUGGCUGGAGCGGCGAGUGGAAGUCGCAGUAUCAGGGCUGAUGCCGAGCAGAGGAAGAGAAUCGAGACUGCUUUCAGGCGAUUCCGUGCCGAUGUACUGCGGAAGGAGGCUGAUGCAUUAGACCGUGGAGAGAGCGUUGCGGAUAAGAUGUUUUGA